AAAUGGAGCGGUUUUUCGCAAAAAUUGUAUUCGAACACGUGUUACUGCUGUUCUUCGCAAUGUCUGGUCGCGGUAAAGGUGGUAAGGUUAAAGGCAAGUCCAAGUCUCGGUCUAGUCGAGCGGGACUGCAGUUUCCGGUGGGCCGUAUCCACAGGCUACUCCGCAAAGGAAAUUACGCUGAGCGUGUUGGUGCCGGUGCUCCUGUGUACUUGGCUGCUGUGAUGGAAUAUUUGGCUGCGGAAGUUCUUGAAUUGGCUGGCAAUGCAGCACGUGACAAUAAGAAAACUAGGAUUAUUCCUAGACAUCUGCAAUUGGCGAUCCGAAAUGAUGAAGAGCUGAAUAAACUGUUGUCUGGUGUUACAAUUGCUCAAGGUGGUGUGCUACCUAACAUUCAGGCUGUGUUGCUACCGAAGAAGACUGAGAAGAAAGCUUAAGAGUAUCUGAUUUUUAAAAACGGCCCUUUUAAGGG